AUGGUGGAAGCAUCGCAUUGGUGGCAAGGGGCUCGACGUCUCCUGCAACAGGGGAUUGAUCCUAUCACUUGGGAUGCCUUCCAGGUGGAAUUCUAUAAGAAGUACUUUCCAAAUUCCGCCAGGACAGCCAAGGAAUUGGAGUUACUACAGUUGAAGCAAGGUGCUAUGUCCAUAUCUGAGUAUACAGACAAAUUUAAGGAGCUAUUCAGGUUUUCCCGCAUGUGUCAUGGAGCUCCGGAAGACUUCGAGGAAUGGAAAUGCAUUAAGUAUGAAGGAGGGCUUCGGAGCGACAUCUUGAGUUCAGUGGGACCAAUGGAGAUCCGAACUUUUUCAGAGUUAGUGAAUAAGAGUAGAAUUACUGAAGAGUGUGUGAAAAGGAGGGUUGCAGAGGAAGGAAGUCAUAGAGAGCACAACCAAGGAUUCGCACCAAGGGGUCGAGAGUUUAACGAGAGAGGAUACAUACAACACUUUCCCCAAGGACGGAAUAACUUUGCGACGAGUGAAGAGUCCCAAAGGAAUGGUAAGGGAAAACGGGCAGCGGCUGCUUCUAAUGUUUUGAGCUGUCAGAGGUGUGGAAGUCAUCACCCAAAUAGGCCAUGCCGAUUGGGGUUAGGUGUAUGUUACAAGUGCGGGUUACCAGGGCAUGUAUCAAGAAAUUUCCAACAAGGAGAGAGUCAGGAUACGGGCCGAUUGCGACAGUAA